AUGGCCUUCUCCCAGGUCCAGUGUCUGGACGACAACCACGUGAACUGGCGCUCCAGCGAGUCCAAGCCCGAGUUCUUCUACAGCGAGGAGCAGCGGCUGGCGCUCGAGGCCCUGGUGGCCCGCGGCCGCGACGCUUUCUACGAGGUGCUGAAGCGCGAGAACAUCCGCGACUUCCUGUCGGAGCUGGAGCUCGCGCGCAUCGUGGAGACCAUCGAGGUGUACGACCCCGGCUCGGAGGACCCUCGGGGCUCGGGAUGCUCUCGGGAGCCCCGGAUCGACGACCAGGACCACGCCGCCGUGGGUGACAGCGAGGAAGCCAACGCGAUGGGCGGGACGCCCGCGCCGGCCGAGGAGGAGCCGGCACCCUCGCUGGAGUAUUGGCCUCAGAAGUCGGACCGCUCCAUCCCGCAGCUGGACCUGGGCUGGCCCGACACCAUCGCCUACCGAGGCGUGACCCGGGCCAGCGUCUACAUGCAACCGCCCAUCGACGGGCAGCCGCACAUCAAAGAAGUGGUGCGCAGGAUGAUCAGCCAGGCACAGAAGGUGAUAGCCGUGGUCAUGGACAUGUUCACUGAUGUGGACAUCUUCAAGGACCUGCUGGACGCCGGCUUCAAGAGGAAGGUGGCAGUCUACAUCAUUGUGGAUGAGAAUAACGUCAAGUACUUCCUGCACAUGUGUGAGCGGGCUCGAAUGCACCAGGGCCACCUCAAGAAUCUCAGGGUGCGCAGCAGCGGAGGAACGGAGUUCUUCACUCGGUCGGCCACCAAGUUCAAGGGUGCCCUGGCCCAGAAGUUCAUGUUUGUGGAUGGAGACCGGGCUGUGUGUGGCUCCUACAGUUUCACGUGGUCAGCUGCAAGGACCGACCGGAACGUGAUUUCUGUGCUGUCUGGUCAGGUGGUGGAGAUGUUUGACCGGCAGUUCCAGGAGCUGUACCUCAUGUCUCAAGGUGUCAGCCUCAAGGAUAUUCCCAUGGAGAAGGAGCCGGAGCCAGAGCCCAUCUUACUGCCCUCUGUGGUACCCCUGGCACCCCCUGGCACUGUAGCCAAGAAACUCGUCAAUCCUAAAUAUGCAUUGGUUAAAGCCAAGAGCGUGGAUGAGAUUGCCAAGAUUUCCUCGGAAAAGCAGGAGGCCACGAGGACCCCUGGGUUGCGGGGCCCCACACUGGCUGAGCGCCCGGGAGAUCUUCCUGAGCUGCUACCACCUGUCCAUCCAGGGCUGCUCAACCUGGAGAGGGCCAACAUGUUCGAAUACUUGCCCACAUGGGUGGAGCCAGACCCAGAGCCUGGGAGUGACAUCCUGGGCUAUAUCAAUAUCAUCGAUCCCAAUAUCUGGAACCCUCAACCCAGCCAGAUGAACCGCAUCAAGAUCCGAGACACAGCCCAUGCCAGUGCCCAGCAUCAGCUGUGGAAGCAGAGCCAGGAGGUCCGCCCUUCCCCACAGUCCCGCCCUCCCCCAGUACCCAGGGACUCUCUAGAUGGGGUCCCAGCUGAAAACGGCCACCCCCAGGGACAGCCCAGGCCUCAGCCCCCUGUGCCCAAGCCCCGGACAGUCCCUGUGGCAGAUGUACUUGCCCAGGACAGCAAUAGUGUCAGCUGGGCUCUGGAGACCCCAGAAGAGGUGAUGCCCCCUAAUGGGACAGAUCCCAGGCCUCCCAGGACAGAAGACCUAGGCCAGUCUGCCACCCAGGAUGACUCUGACAGCCUCUUAGCAGUGCCCCCUAAUGGGCUGGAUGGGGAAGAAGAGGAAGAUGACGAUGACUAUGUGACCCUCAGUGACCAGGACAGCCUCUCAGGCAGCUCUGGCCCCAGUCCCAGCCACCGACGACCAUCAGUGGCCUCAUCCAUGUCAGACGAGUAUUUUGAGGUGAGGGAGCGCUCAGCCCCUCUCCAGAGACGCCACUCAGAGCAGAUGGCUAACGGGCCAGGCCACCCACCCCGCCGACAACUGAGUGCUCCACAUGUAACCCGAGGGACCUUUGGUGGCCCCCUUUGGCCCCAGGGUCCGAGCAGAGAAGAAGUAACCACAUCGAGGACACCUGCACAAUGUCCUGUGAACAGACAGGCUCAGGGCCAGCACUUCCACCGUCAUGGGGGUGCUGCCUCAAGGACCACUGGGCCACCCCAUUACUGUCCUGCUGCUGACGGCACCCAGAGCUCUCCCAGGAAAGCAAGCCUGACCAUGGCAGGUCCCCACCACUGGCAGCCUAAGGGAGGCCCGACACCCCGCAUACUGGCAGAUCCCAGGAGCCCAAGGCCAGCCCGAAACAGCCGCCUGCAGGCAGAGGGCAAGGCUGGCGAGGAGCAUACGAGUCCUUUCGGAAUCCCAUUCUCCAAACUCUCCCAGUCCAAACACCUAAAGGCCAGGGCAGGCAGCAGCCAGUGGGCCCCCUCCGACUCCAAGCGCAGGGCCAGGGACCACAAAGAGCCCUAGCAGCCUGCUGGACCCCAAGCCCACCCUGGAGGGUAGCAGGUGGGUUGGGUGGGCAGUGCCAGCUCUCACCUGGUCCGUGCACCAAUACCAGGUAGCCAAGAUGGUCAGGCCAAAGGUCAUUCCAGUCCAUGGGAGGUCGCCUGUGGAAGGGUCUCGGAACAUGUGCAUGGCAUCUGCUCGAGGCAGGUGGCAGGUGGUGUUUGCGAUGGUCCUGGAGGGUAUGGCCCGAGCAUAUGCUGCUUCCAGCUGCCCGUACCCACCGAUCUGGUUGAAAGCUAGAAGGUUGGGCAGGUCAACAACAGCUUGGUGUUGGGUGGCUCUGGUUCCCACUGCCCUCAUCUCACAACUUCCUAGUGCGUCAAACUGGAGCCCCUAUCUUGCCUGCUCUGGGCGUGGAGAGGUUUUUGUUUUGUUUUGUUUUUUAAAGGUGAAGUAUUUUGUUUGUAUUUAAAGUAACUGUUAAAUUAGCAUUUUGCACGUGGGCACCACAGUGUCCUGUUGGCAAGCAGGAGUCACUACUAGUCUCUGGAAGCCUGUUAACCUUAGGCACAGGGUUCUUAGCCAAGUGACUGUCCCUUCAAGGAGGCCUGUGAGGAGCUGCGCUCUCUAGAGUGGACAUCCUGGCCUGAGCUUCCGAAGAGUGGCCUCCCUCGAGCUGCGACGCUGUAGGUGGUGCGGCCCAGGUGGGGGAGGGCUGGCCGGGCCACACAGGCCGCUGUGCAGGUGGGGCUCAGGCCAGGGCUUUGCCCUUGAGUCCAGAGCGUGCCUGCUCCUUGCAUGCUGCUCCGUCUACCUCAGUGUCUGGGCCGGGGCCUCACUCGCUGGAGCCCUUCCCUGCAGCAGAGUCUGGGAACAUGGGAGCCACUGCUCUGGGAGGAACAAGACUGGGUCUAGGAAAGUCCCUACUGCUGCCCCAGAUCUCUGAGCCCAGGCCAGGCUCUCUUCCCACCAGAACUUUGUGAGUCUCCACAUGGUUAGAAAGCUUGUACCACAGGUUUUCAGGCUCAGGCCCUGGACUUCACCUGAAGGCCCGUCUGCUUUGAGAUCUAUU